AUGUUACAUGAUGAUUUAGAUGUUUGGAUUAAAGGACAGCUUGCAUCAUUUGCAUAUAGUGAACUACCAAAACAAAAAAAAAAAAUUCAAGAUCCAAAUAAUAUUAUAACUCGUGAUCGGUUUAAUUAUCAAUAUCGUUAUGAUGCUCAACAUAUUGUGUGUUUAUCAACUUAUCUAAAGUUAAUUGGAAUUUCUUCAUCUAGACUUGAUAGAAUUAAAACACAUAUCAAAGAUUACGGAAUGGCAAAACCUAUUCAUGGCAAUAUGGGACGUCCUUCAAUUCGAUCAGAUCAUGCUAUUAUUAAUGAACAAGUAAAACAAGAGCUUAAUAAUUAUAUUCGAAACUAUGCUACUUUUUAUGGGCUUCCUUUACCAAUUCGCCAUCUACGAAAUGAUGCAAUGUCAAUUAUUUUACUUCCAAUAAAUACAACAUAUAAUAGUAUUUAUGAAGAAUAUAUUUCUACGAUCAAAUCUAUUAAGGGUGAAAAUUAUAAAAUUAUGGCUUAUACUACAUUUCUUAAAAUAUGGAAAGAAGUUGCAUCUGAUAUUCGAUUUAUGACAAAAGCAUCUGAUUUGUGUGAUACAUAUCAUGUCGAAGCUGCUGUUAACGAAUCAAAAAAAGAUGGAAGCAAUAUAGCAGUUAGAUAUGAUAAAUCAGGAUGGAAUUAUUAUGAUUUUGAAAAAUUUUUAGAACCUUACUUUAUUAAAUGUAAUGGUAUACGUCAAUUUCGGCAUUUUUAUUUUUAUCAUGAUCAACCUGAUAAGAUUUAUAUGACUUUAGAAUCCAAUGGUCCAAAAAUAGAGGCAGUGAUUCGCAAUAGUGUUUAUUUCGACCCAUAUCAAUCUUUAAGCAUUAUUCCUAUAAAACCUUUAUCUUUGAAACGUCAGAUACAAUUGUUUAAAGAUAUUAGGCCAUAUGUACAUGACCCUUAUAAGGAUGAACUAUGUUUUGCACCAAAUAAGUGUGAAGAAAAUUUAUUACAUAAAAGUCUAAACGAAAGUAUGGACGAAAGUUUAAUGAAUGGGCAGGUGGGUGGGCGAAGUAGUUAUAUGAGCUAA